AUGCUGGUGAAUGAUCUGUUUGAAGAUAUCAAAGAUGGGGUAAUGCUAAUUGCCCUUUUGGAGGUUCUUUCAGGGCAGAAGUUGCCUUGUGAGCAGGGACGUCAGCUGAAGAGAAUUCACUGGGUUGCCAACAUUGGCACAGCUCUUAAGUUUCUAGAAGGAAGACGGAUUAAGCUGGUCAACAUAAACUCAACUGAUAUUGCUGAUGGAAGGCCUUCUAUUGUACUUGGCUUGGUGUGGACCAUAAUUUUAUAUUUUCAGAUUGAAGAACUUACCAGCAACCUCCCACAGCUGCAGUCGAUGUCUAGCAGCACUUCUUCUGUGGAGAGUGUUGUCAGUUCAGAAACUGCAAGUCCCCCAAGCAAACGGAAGGUGGUAACCAAGGUCCAAGGAAGUGCCAGAAAGGCUCUGUUAAAAUGGUUGCAGUACACAGCAGCAAAACAAGCUGGAAUUGAAAUCAAAGAUUUUGGACAAAGUUGGAGGAGCGGUGUUGCAUUUCAUUCCAUUAUUCAUGCCAUCCGCCCAGAUUUAGUGGACAUGGAGAAAGUGAGGGGAAGGUCAAACAGAGAAAACCUGGAAGAAGCCUUCACACUUGCAGAAGAAGAGCUAGGAAUUCCAAGGCUCCUUGAUCCAGAAGAUGUGGAUGUUGACAAGCCAGAUGAAAAGUCUGUCAUGACCUAUGUAGCCCAGUUUUUGAAGUACUAUCCUGAACCUCAUCAUACAGCGACUGAUGCACAGGAGAAUGAUGAACUUCAAGCAAUCCCAACUUUUGUCAUUUCUUUUAUGAAAUUUAAGAAAGAAGACAGACUGGUGUUGAGAGACCUAAAAGUAUGGGCAGAACAACUUGAAAGAGACAUAGCCCGAGCACAAGUGGCAGAAACAAGCUUGCAUGAGAAAUAUCAGUCAUUUAAGCAUUUCAGAGUACAAUAUGAGGUAAAAAGGAAACAGAUUGAACUUGUAACCCAGUCAUUAAGGAAAGAUGGUAAACUAUCACUUGAUCAAGCUAUGGUGAAGCAAGCAUGGGAGAGAGUUUCUUCUAGGCUGUUUGAUUGGCACGUACAUCUUGAUAAAUCUCUUCCUGCACCUUUGGGUACCAUAGGUGCUUGGCUUUACAGAGCAGAGGCUGCUCUGAGGGAAGAAGUAACUGUUCAGCAAGCUCAUGAUGAAACAGCAAAUACAAUACACAGGAAGCUUGAACAACAUAAGGAUCUGCUGAAAAACAUAGAUGGUCACAAAAAAGCAUUCCAUGAGAUCCACAGGGCCAGGUCCGUUAACGGCGUGCCUGUUCCACCUGACCAGUUAGAAGACAUGGCAGACAGGUUUAAUUUUGUUGUCUCCUCAUCUGAGCUCCAUCUGUUGAAGAUGGAGUUUCUGGAACUGAAGUAUCGUCUACUAUCACUCUUAGUCCUUGCAGAAUCAAAGUUAAAAUCAUGGAUUAUCAAAUAUGGAAGGCGAGAGUCUGUGGAACUGCUGCUUCAAAAUUAUAUCUCUGUUAUUGAAAAUAGUAAAUUCUUUGAGCAGUAUGAAGUUACAUACCAGAUCUUGAAAAGAGCAGCUGAAAUGUAUGCCAAAGCAAAUGGCUCAGCGGAAGAAGUUGAGAAUGUGAUGAAAUUCAUGAGUGAAACCACAGCUCAGUGGAGAAACCUCUCAGUAGAGGUGAGAAGUGUAAGAAGCAUGUUGGAAGAAGUAAUUGCUAAUUGGGACAGAUAUAGCAGCACGGUGGCAGGUCUACAAGCUUGGCUGGAAGAUGCUGAAAAAAUGCUGAAUCAGCCUGAACAUUCUAAAAAGGAUUUCUUCCGACACUUACCCCAUUGGAUCCAACAGCACACAGCCAUGAAUGAUGCUGGUAAUUUUCUGAUUGAAACAUGUGAUGAGACCAUUUCCAGGGAUCUUAAACAGCAGCUUCUGUUACUAAAUGGAAGAUGGAGAGAAUUGUUUAUGCAAGUUAAGCAGUAUGCUCGAGCCGAUGAACUGGACAAAAUAAGGAAGGAAUAUAUGGAUGGUGUUGAGCAUUUGACAGCUUUUAUUGAUGAAAGCAAUAGGAAAUUUUCAAUGCCUGUCGAAGUGUCCUUCCAUGAUGUCAAAACGUUUGUACAAGAUUUAGAAAAUAUUAAGCAGAAGUUGGCUGCAAUGGAAGCUCAGUACAAAGCAGUUUCAAGAACAGUGCAACUUGCUACAAAAGAAGUUUCCCAAGAGGAAGUGAAUGAAAUGCUGGGAACUUUGUCGCGGAUCAAAGAGCAGCUGAGCAAGGUUAAGGAGUAUUCCUGUGCCCUGCUGUAUGAAUGCCAGCGUCUGGUGUCUCCACUGGAAGAACUGGAGAAGCAAAUCACACAUUUUUAUGAAUCUCUUGAAAAAGUCAAUGAAAUAAUUUCCAUCGUCGAUCCUGAAGCACAACCCACAAGUGUUCUGAAACAAAAAGCACAAGAUUUGGUAGCUUAUCAAGAAAACUGCAAGAAAGAUUUAUCCCUGAUUGAGAGAAACAGUCAGAGUAUCCUGCAGUCUGUGGGUUCGAGUGAAGUGUUACAGCAUUUCCAUCAGUCAACAUUUCAGAAGAAAGUUACACAAGUUCAGCUUACUUUUCAGAAUAUGGUCAGGAAAGCUGGUGAGUGGAGAAAAAACAUAGAAGCAAAUAGCCGUUUGAUGAAGAAAUUUGAAGAGUCUAGAGCGGAACUGGAGAAAGUAAUACAGAUUGCCAAUUGCUGCUUAAAAGAAAAAGGAAAUCCUGAAGAACUUCUCAAAAAACAUAGCGAAUUCUUUAACCAAUUGGAUCAGAGGGUCCUAAAUGCCUUCCUGAAAGCAUGUGAUGAACUUACUGACAUCCUCCCAGAACAAGAGCAACACAACCUGCAGGAAGCUGUGAGAAAACUCCACAGGCAGUGGAAGGAUCUUCAAACAGAAGCCCCAUAUCAUUUAAUCCACUUGAAGAUUGAAGUACAGAAAAGCAAGUUCCUGGUCACAGUGGAGGAGUGCAAAGCUGAACUAGCUCGACAGAAUAAGGUGUUAUCAAGAGAAAGCAAUGAAAGGAUGAUCAAGGAACACGUGUUGUUCUUCGGUGAUAAGGGAUCUUACCACCUGUGUGAGAAAAGGCUACAACGAAUUGAAGAACUGUGCCAUAAACUGCCAGUUUCUGAUCCAGUGAGGGGUACAUUGGAAAGCAGCCAACGAAUCCUGAAGGACCUCAAAUCCCAGAUAGACAGCACAUACAUAAAGCUAACAGAGCACUCGGACACCUGGAAGGGCUAUAAGAGCAGAUUUUCCGAAUUGGCAAAUUGGAUUUCAUCAACAGAAAGAGAGCUCAAGAAGAUAAAGGAAAAUGUUAAUGAUACUGCUAAAUACAAGCAGUGUAAAGCUUCUGUAGGGGAAAUUAGGAGGCAUAUUCACAAGCAUGGAGAAAAUCACAGCUGGCUGAAAUCUAGAGUUGCUGUUUUGACUGCAAUAUGUCCUGAUUUGGAGGCCAAAGAGACAGAGGAUGAGCUUUGUAAACUUUCCAGUGACUUCAAGGGACUCCUAGAUUUGCUGGCUGAGAUUGAAAAUACUCUAGGUGCUGUUGGAGACUGUGUCCAGUACAAAGAAGAAGUUAAAAGUGCAAUUGAAGAGUUAAUCAACAACUCUAAAGAAGUCCAAGCAGAGGCUGAAAAGAUCCUGGAUACAGAAAGUUUAUUACAAGCUCAGCAACUACUACUUCAGCAUCAGCAAAGGACAAGGAGACUCCGUGCAAAGAGGCAAGAUGUGCAAAAGCAGAUCUCCCAAGCCAAACGGUUGCAGAUUGAAGGUGGACUGCCCAUCACAGUGCGAGAGGACUUACAAAAAUUGGAGGGAACGUUGGAGAGCAUGCAGCAGACUAUGGAGAAACGUGAAGAGCAACUGCAGGUCACAAUAAAUAAAUGGGAGCAGUUUGAAAGAGACAAAGAAACGGUAGUAAAAUAUCUCAAUCAAGCAAGCUCUGUACUUGAACGUAUCUUAAACUUUAGCAGUUUAGAGAGCCUCACCUCAGAACUGGAUCAGACAAAGGAACUUUCUAAACAGACUGAAGCAAUGGCAGUGCAGGCUGAGAAUUUGGUGAAGAAUUCUUCUGAGAUACAGCUUGGUUCAAAGAACAAGCAAUCCCUUCAGCAUCAGGCAAAAUCAAUCCAAGAACAAGUGAAAAAAGUGGAAGUUACUCUUGAAGAAGAUAUUAAAAGCAUGGAAAUGGUGAAAAACAAGUGGGAUCAUUUUGGCAGUAAUUUUGAAGCUCUGUCCAUCUGGAUAGCUGAACAAGAAAAAGAACUGGAAACUUUGGAAACAUCAUCAUCUCCUUUGGACAUACAGAUCAGCCAAAUCAAGGUUAUUAAUAAAGAGAUAGAUGAUAAAAUAACUGGAAUCUCAAAUCUUGAAGUGGAAGCCGAGUCUUUUUCCCAGUUUGUUACCUCUGGAGAACGUGCCCAUAUUAAAGCCAAACUGACCCAGGUCAAAAGGUAUUGGGAAGAGCUAAGAGAUCAUGCACAGAGACUGGAAGGAACAAUCACAGGGAAUGCAUCAGCACAGCAGAAAUAUGAAGAAAGUUUUAAACAGGUGCAGCAGGCAGUGGCUGAAUUUGAAGCUAAGCUAGCUGAGCCUCUCAUAUCAUGCUCUUCAGCAGCAGCAACAUAUGCAGCCCUUCAGGAUUGCACGGACCUUUGUCAUACUGUGGAAAAACUGAGCAACACUCUGGCCUCUCUCUCAGCCAGUGUCCGAAAGGUGACCAACAAAGAAAAAGCUGCUCAGGAGGUCACAGCUUUACACCAGAAACAUGAAAAAGUACUAGCAAAUGCUAAAGAGAAACAGACCUUAUUAGAGACUCUUCUGGCUCAGUGGCAGAAGCAGGAGAAGGAACUGUCUGCCUUCCUAACCUGGUUGGAGGGAUGUGAAGCUGCAGCCAGGACUUCAGAGCAGUAUGUUUCUGCUGAUAGAGUUAAGCUGGAAGGGGAACUGCAGUCACUGCAGGAUUUGCAAGUAGAUAUUGAGUCCCAUGCUUCAGUCUAUGAGAGCCUAUUACAGUUAAAUGAGUCGCUGUUUCCAACAGCUUCCAAGCAGUGUGUGAAAACAACAAAAGAAAAAUUUGAAGAGCUGGAUAAGAGGUGGAAAGCUUUGCCACAAACUAUUGAUAAAAGGAUCAACUUCCUUCAAUCUCUUGUUGCUGAGCAUGGGCAGAUUGAUGAGCUCCUGCUUAGGUUUUCAGACUGGAUUAAGCAAUUUCUUGCAGAACUACAAGCUACUUCAGAGAUAAACACAGCUGAUCAACAACUAGCUGCAUCUCACAAUAAGAACCACUCGGUGGAAGUUGAAAGUAAGAAACAGCAGUUAAAAAGUCUUAAGGAACAUGUAGAUAAACUCUGUUCUUUUAGUAGCCCAGAGGACCAGCAGACAUUGCAGGGAAAGACUGAAGAUUGUUUUCAGAUCUUCCAGGAGGCAAGUCAAAUAACUAGACAAAGACAAGAAGCUCUGGAUCAGCUGCGAGUAUUUCUGGAGCUCCAUAGCACUGCAUCACGAGUGCUCCACCAGCUGAAGCAGACAGUGGAGAAAACAGGAAAUAUGGAUAAAGCUAAAUCUGAAUUACUGGAGAAGGAUCUCAAUGGUGUUAUUCAAGAUCUUAACAAUUUGGAAUCUCUUGCCAUCAGUUUGGAUGGUUCCCUUACUAAGGCCCAAUAUCAUCUGAAACACAGCAUUUCUGGGCAGAGGACCUCCUGCAGGGCUGUGGUGGAUAAUCUGUGUGUAGAACUGGAGGCAGUUCAAAAUCUGCUUGGAACCAAACAAAGUGAGGCAGAAGCUCUUGGAGCCUUGCAAAGAUCUUUCAUGGAGCAUAAGGAACAGUUACUGAAGAGUAUUGAAGAUGCUGAGGAAAAGGCUGACAAAGAGGGCCUGAAGGAAACAACGCUACAAGCCCUCCAGCAAAGAUUGAGGAUCUUUAACCUGUUAGAUGAAGAAUUGAAUUCUCACCAGCAUGAACUCCAGUGGCUCAUGGACAAAGCAAAACAAAUAGCCCAAAAAGAUAUCACACUUGGUCCUGAGGUUGAUAAAGAGAUGAAUCGCUUAGAAUCUCUGUGGAAGGAUACCAAGAAAGUUAUACAUGAAAAAAAGGAACAGUCCUGCAUUCUUAUUGAUCUGAUGAAGGAAUAUCAGAGCUUGAAGUCAACAGUAAUGAAAGUCAUAGACAAUGCUAACAGUGCUUCUGUGAUCAAAUCCAUUUGGAAGGAUCAUGAAGAUGUCAGGCGAACGUUAUCAAAGCAUGAAGCUGCCAAGAAUGAUCUGAGUGAUAAACAGAAAGACCUGGAUGCUUUCACUAAUAAAGGAAAACAUUUGUUAGCAGAAUUGAAAAGAGUGCAUAACUGUGACUCCACUGCAGUAAAAACAGAUAUGAACUCUGUGGUGGACAAAUGGCUAGAUGUGUCUGAAAGAACUGAAGAUAACAUCGACCGACUGAGUGUAAGCGUGUCUCUAUGGGAUGACAUCGUGAAAACUGGAGAUGAAUUAGAUGGAUGGUGCAAUAAGUGCAUUUCUCAACUGAAUGAAGGCAUCAACAACUUCAGUAGCAGUCAGAGAAUGGAGGUCCUCUUGAAUGACUUCCAGUCUGAAGUCAAGGAUAAAGAACUGAAGUUGGAGCAACUUAGUUCCAAAAUUUCAGAACUCAAAGAGCUGACCCAUAGUCAAGAGCCUCCUGCAGAUCUUCAGUUUAUAGAAUCAGAUUUGAGGCAGAAGUUGGAACAUGCCAAAGAAAUGUCAGACACAGCAAAAGAGACACUGAAAGAUUUCAGUACUCAGAAGAUGGAGUUGCAGAAGUUGAUUGGUCAGAUGACAGACUGGUUAACACAAGCGGAAGAGAUGCUGUUAAGCUGUGCACGUAAUGUGGAUCCUGAAGCUCUAAGUAAAGUAAAG